AUGACGGCGACGCCUGCCUUGAUCGGGCUGAGCGCAGGCAACCGCCUUCUCAGCACGUCCUUCGGGCCGCCCAACGACCUGCUCUCCGACAAGGUCAACUGCCACAUGAGCAGCGCGGCGGGAGACGCCCACGGCUCCUCCUCGCUGCAGUUCGCGCCACCGGCCGCGUCCAAGCUCACCGUCGCCGCGCACAGGCUCAAGCUCUCCCCACAUGGCCGCGCGCAGGUCAUGCGGGCCCUCAGGCAGAGCGCGCCUGCGCUCGCGCCGCAGCCUCCUCCGUUGUUGCCCGCCGACGAGUUCUCCCUCGAUGCCAUUAUCCUACUGCAGAGGUCCAUGCUCGAGAAGCAGUGGCAACUCCCCUUCGAGGAGGAGGAGGACGACGACGGCGGCGGCGAUGGCCACCAUGUGGAGGCCAUUGGUUCGGCCGAGGACGAUGACGGCAAGGGCAGGAGCAGCUCCGUCGUCGUGGCGCGCUCCGGCGUCUCGGCGAGGCAGCGGCGGAUGAGCGGCCGGAGGCGUGGGAGGUCCAAGAAAGGCAGCGGCGCCGUGCACCUGAUCAUCAGCCCCGAGCUGCUGCAGAGCAGAAACCGCAUCUACCUUCACGGUACCGUCAGCAAGGAGCUCCUCACGCACAAGCAGGUUGUCCACCUCUCCAAGAAGAUCAAGGACGGGAUAUGGCUGCAGCAGCAAAGAUCAAAGCUGAAAGAAAAACUGGGGAAUGAGCCGUCGUACAAGCAGAUGGCGCAAUCACUUCGGAUAUCGACGCCGGAGCUACGGUCAAGAAUGCGCGAGUCGUUCCUCGCGAGGGAGGUGCUAACAAUGAGCAACAUCCGUUUGGUCAUAUCCAUCGCCCAGAAGUAUGACAAGCUGGGGGUUGAGCUGUCCGACCUGAUUCAGGGUGGUCUCAUAGGGCUACUCCGCGGGAUCGAAAAGUUCGAUGCAUCCAGGGGCUUCAGAAUUUCCACUUAUGUAUACUGGUGGAUUCGUCAGGGUGUUUCAAGAGCACUGGCCGACAACUCGAAAACAUUCAGGCUCCCUACUUACCUGCAUGAGAGGCUGAUUGCGAUUCGUGGCGCAAAGUACGCAUUGGAGGACCAAGGGGUUUCUCCGACAACGCAAAACAUCGCAAAGUUGCUCAAUAUAUCGGAGAAGAAAGUGCACAAUGCUGCAGAGGCUGUCAAUAAGGCUCUUUCGUUGGAUCAACAGGCAUUCCCCUCCUUAAAUGGCCUACCCGGAGAUACACUCCACAGCUAUAUAGAGGAUCAAAAUGUUGCGAAUGACCCAUGGCAUGGAUUUGAGGAGUGGUACCUAAAGGAGGAAGUCAACAAACUUCUAAACUCAAAUCUCACUGAACGUGAGAGGGACAUUAUUCAGUUAUACCAUGGUAUAGGGAAACAAUGCCAUACAUGGGAGGAUAUUAGCAGACAGUUCGGGUUAUCCAGGGAGAGGGUGAGGCAACUAGGGCUUAUCGCAAUGGAGAAGCUGAAGCACGCCGCGAGGCAGAAAAAGCUGGAUGCGUUGCUCCAGGAUUACUGA